AUGGACGUUACGAUCUGUAUUGUUGACGCAUCAGGUAUAACAGUUGGUCCAUCAAGAUUCAGCAAUAUAAUUAGCGCCGUUCUCAAUCUCAAGUCGACGACAAACGAUAUUCGUACUGGUUUUGUUGUACCUCGCCCAUUGAAUCAAAUGCGGACAGCAAACUUCGACAAUAUCCAAAACAUGGAGCAAUUUACAAAUUGGUACAACAGUAUUCCAGGGAUUGGUACAAAUACAGUUUUGGCUUGGAUGAAACUCUUCGCAUGCAAUGGAGACAAGGCGACGCGUCCUACUUUUAACGGUUAUGAUCUUUGGGACAUUCCACGCCAGUUACGCAAUCAGGAGAUAACGUUAAUUUCAGUUGGUCUUGACACCAACGCUAUGAAAUGUGAAGAUUUCUUCUGGGCAUUAUCUAUAAAAACUGGUGGCAUAUUUCUUUCACUUGACAAUGCUGGCAGAAUUCUUCCGGAAAUCAUCCAACAAGCAAUGGAUGGAGAAGUUUUAUGCGCUGCGUACCAUGACAAGGAUGUCAUAAACAUCAUGUCCGACAUUGAUCAACGGGUAGCUUGGCAUGAAAACCGAGCAAUACACGAAUUACCAAACCCGUCGCCUAAUACCUUAUGUGAUCGUGAGGAUAUUAGUAAAAGGGUUGCUAAAAUGAUCAAAUAUACAAAUAUGGAUGGCGUUCGAACGUUUUAUAGUUCAAUGCCCGGCUUUCUCGAUGAGUAUUGA